AUGCAGUGGAGGGAUCGCUUGUCGCCCUCCAUGAUGUGGGCGACCAGGACCAUCCAAGAGUGUGGUGCGUGCCUUCCGUCACACCAGGGCGCCGGAGCUGACGUGUGCCGCGAGUGUCGCGUCAGCUUCGACAGUGGACGGCUGCCCAAGGCCUGCUCUGUCAACAACAUGGCCAUCGGUUGUGAGCAUCGGUACCCCGACGAGCUUGAUGACCUCUCUCCCGUCGAAGAGAGACUCAUUGCCCUACAUGCGCCUUUUGGCUAUAUCACCAAGUUCACAGUGGACAACAAGACCCGUUCGGGAAUCAGCUACCGCAAGCACGUGAAAGGACAUAUUGUCGUCUUUCCGAACAAGGUGGACGAUCUUGUUGCCACCGUUCUUCCCCAUCCCUUGCUGCAAGCCAUUGAGAAUAUCCACGUCUCUUGGAGCGGCUCGGCUAAGCCUGGCUCCGCAGACGUCGGACACCUGCUUCGGGUGCGCAAAUCUCGAGUGGCAGCCGCCCUGGCAUGGCUCCAGAGGAACAACCCGCUUUACGAGAAUAUCUCAAUCAACCAAGCAGAGAUGGACGGCUGGCAGUAUGCCGAUGGGUCCAGUGUUCCGACCGUCAUCAUGGACCGCAUGCAAAGAGAGGAACCGUCGACCGUUGAGAGGACACAAACGGACCAUAUAGUCCCGAACACUGAUCGAGGCUUGGCGGAAAACAGCUUUACAAGCAUCGAUGAACUCGUAAACUCCAUCGAUCCUAUCUUCAUCGCUGAAUCUUGCGAUUUGGACUGUGCUCUGUCGACUGAGCAGACUCAACCUUCCCUGGAAGUUGAUCCUGUCUACGAGACGUCUACGUCCGGCAUGUUUCCUCUCGAUGGUCCGGCUGCCUUCGCCGAGACCGAUAAACUGUCGUUUCUGGCCGACAUCGUCAACGCCAAUCCGGACCAACAGGGUACCUCUGUGCCAUGCGUUAUGCAGGUCCGAACUACAGGAGACCAGCCGUUUGUCCGAGUAGAGCGUGGUGCGGAUUUUGCAGACAACCUGCACGAAGAUUUCUUCCUCGAACAUUUCCGAAGCUUUUCCCGUGGGAAGGGCGGCCGAAAUCGAAGGGCGACUCGAGUCAUGGCCGACAAAGCGACGCUGCCGACCGUCGUCCGAAUCACUCUCUUCAAUACUGGGCCAGAUACACUUGAGCAGGCCUAUGCGAACUUGACCGAGGACCGACUGAAGAGGGCCGAGGCGGAGAUGCGGGAGACGAGGACUACGUCGGACCCCGACAUAUCGCUCUUGCUUCGCGAGCUGUCGAUCUUUGGCCAUGCACAGCCGCUCUCGAACGAAUCCCGUUUGCUUAUGCGGAGGAAGAUACAAGCUCUGGACAUCCGCGCCGGUAUGCCUGCAAUCUGGAUUACCAUCAGUCCCAACGACAUCAAUAACCCGGUAAAGAUGAAGCUUGCCAUUCAUAGGCUCCACGAUUAUGAGUCUGCGAAGGAGCUUUUGGCCGAUCUCCGUGAAAAGUACGACAGGAUCGCCCUGAGCACCAUGGAUCCGGUCAGCUCGGCCAUCUUCUUCCACCGAGAAAUAUCCUAUUCUUUGAAAAACGACAUGGCCAAUCCCGCGGAAGAAUCAUAUCGUGCCCAGGUGAUCCGAUACGCAGACUCCGUCUUUCAUGAGUGUCUAGAUGAAGAUGCCGGAAAAGCCGUGCGACAGCAGAGGAAGCCCAUCGAUCCCGUGGAGGAGGUCAUGACUAGCACCUCGGCUCUCACUGCGGCCUUUGAAGACGAAUCCAAUUUCAUCGCAUACUGUUGCCAAGGGGCAGAUCAACAGAGACGGACAGCCUGCCGCUUCAAGGCACCGUGGAAAAUCGUCGAGGAGACAGGGUUCACAGAGGAUGGCUUGCUUCAGAUUCAGCGCAACCAUCCACUCGUCAACCGGUACAACAAGUCGUUGGCGGUCGGCCUUCGCCACAAUCACGACGUCUCGAUGAUCUUGACCAAGACCAAGGGCCUGGCCAUGGUGUACUACAUCACGAACUACGCCACCAAACUGGAUACGCCGAUGUGGAAGCGCAUUGCUCUCGCCACCGAGGUUGCCCGCCAACUUCGCGAGGCCGGUCGUCCGACGUCUCGCGCGCCAGGUCCCGCCCUGCCCGACGGCAGGCAGCAGGCGGUAUUGAACGAAAGCCGUCAAUUCCUGAUGAGAACGGCAAAUCGCAUCUUCUCCGAGCGACAACUCUCGGCUGUCGAGGUUUGUUACCACCUCCUUGGAUAUGACACCGACUUUACCAACGUGCCGCAUUGGUCCUUCUUGAACUUGACGGCCCUAUACUGGACAAUCUUUCGGCUAUGGGCGCAUCUCCGCCAUCAGGCCGGCGAGCUCACGGACGCCGAACAGCCCCAGAGACAAUCCUCUGAGGCAAGGAGGGCGAACCCUAUUAUGCCUGGAGGCGAUUCAGACUGUGAAGGCUGGAUGCAAAAGCUUCGACGGCCCGACCAGUACGCCGUCCCGAUCUUCCAAGGAUACAUCAGCGACGACCACGAGGACGAUCACCCAGUCUAUAUUAAGCGAAACCCUGUCCUACAUUUGGCGUUAUUCGUCCCUUGGGAAAACUUCAUUUCUGAGAGCCUAGGCGAUAUAACCGACAUAUGGACGACGCAUCGAGCGGGCCUUUGUCCCCGCCUCCGUUUCUACGUCUCUAACAUUUGUCUUUGA